GUAUUAAAUGAACUCAGUAGUUUGUUUGUUUCCACAUUACACUGAAUAAAAUUUGUUGUAGGAUUCACUUUGUAACAAUGUUCACAAAAUCGAAUUGUUAGUAAGUUUCCCAAAUAAUUCCAAAGAAAUAGUAACACAUUCAAUUAAACAUUUUUGUUUUUAAAUAUUUUUUAAGUAAACACAAUUUUGAAGUAGAAAGACUGAAACAGUAUUUUCCACUCGUACUGUAUCAUUUUAAUUUAACUUUUUUUUUUUUUUUUUUUUUACAGUGUUUGUGCCUAUACAGAAAAAUUAACUUUCAAUAAUAAUUAUAAACUAUCUAGAAAUAUUUAUUGGAUCUCCCCUUAUUUUCUGUCCCUGACUUCAGUCGAAUUGCUGCUUCCUGUUUCCUCACAAAUCUUUGCAAGUGUAAAUACCUAAAAAGCACCUACAGGUUUUAUUCCGUUCUAGAUUUGCAGACAUCACGCACCUGACAAAGUUGUGCAAUCACGAGUGAUGACACAAAAAUCUAUGCCUAGGAAAGCCAUAAAUGACAAGUGACUUCUGAAACGAGGGCAGGGCUCAUACUAUAAAUACAGGCAGAUAACUUAGAGUCAGCUUAUUCUGACACAAUUUGAUUGCAUUGAAAAUCAGCGUUUGACAAGAGAGAACCAUGUCUUUUUGUAGAUUUCCUUUCACAGCUAACAAGACUGUGAAGAACAGGGCAUUAAUAGUGUCUGUGGAGAACUUCUAUCCAGAUGCAGGUCUGAGCAAGAGGAAGGGUGUAAAGAGAGACUCUCGAAGACUUCACAAUAUCCUCACCAAACUCGGCUUCUCUGUGGAAAUCAGAAUAGACAUUGAAGCAGAAGAGAUCUAUGAAGCAUUUAAAGCAGAGAGCGAGAAGACGGUCAAAGACAGUUUUGUGGGCAUCAUAUCCACUCAUGGUGAGGAGGGUGUUGUGUUUGGUGCUGACGGAUGUGCCGUGAAACUGGCCGAGAUCUACAGCUACUUUGGAGGCCCGUCAAUGGCGGACAAGAGCAAACUCUUCCUCAUCCAGGCUUGUCGAGGAUAUGAGUUGGAUGGAGGUGUGGAGGUGGAGACAGACUCUUCAUCCUCAGAGGAAGAGGACGGCAUGUCUGAGCUUUUUUCCAUUCCUAUUGACACUGCAGUUAUGUACGCCACAUCACCAGGUUACGGUGCGUUCAUGCAUCCUCUGGGCUCAGUGUUGAUUCAGACUCUCUGUGAUUUGCUGGAAAAGGAAGGAGGUCCAGAUCUGGAGAUCACAAAACUUCUGACUCGACUAAACUACCAGGUGGCCUACAACUUCCAAUCAAGAGGGGAAAAGUUGGGCGGCAAAAAGCAGAUGCCGUGCUUUGUGACCCGCUUUACCAGAGAAGUUUUCCCAUUCAGCAAGACGGCAGCAGCAGAAGAUUUGAGCUUGAUCUUUGCAGCCACAAAACUCAUCAGUGAUCCUGUAAGGUCCCGGAAGAGCUCCAUCAGCUGAAGAUCAUUUAACAGAGACUGACGGGGGAAAUCUUGAUCUCAGAUAAGCUUUUCUAUAACAUCUCUCAGAGUAUCUCACCGGAGACUGAUAAUGAAGCCAGUGACACCAUGUCACGUAAAGUUUAAUCUUCUGCAAGAAGAUGUCCAUUCAUGUGUCAUGAGUUUUUGCAACCUCCUAAUGUAUAUAUGGUGCUCAAUAAAAACAGUGUGGAAAUGGUGCUACAUUUUUCUAGGAUUCGUUGAUAAAUAGAAAGUUCAAAAGAACAGCUUUUAUUUCAAAAAGAAAUCUGUCACAGUUAUCUUGACUCAUUCACCUUAAGUUUCGUUCUCAUGGACUUUCAGUUUCGUUUUCAUCAGUCACAUGUGUUCCUUUAAGUUUUCCUGCCAGUCAUCAAUUCCCAUGGACACACAUCAGAUAAUCACAGCUGUUCAUCAUCUCCUCAUUAUCACUGCGUAUUUAAGGUGCGUUCACCUCGUAAUUCCAAGAUUCUAGCUUGUAAAAAGUGUUCACGUCCUCAUAGAGCUCUUAAUUACAGCUUGUAGGAUGGGAGUUUUCUGAAAGCUCCCACGUGUACAGCUCAGAAUAUAAUGUCACGUGUUGUCAUCUCAAGAUUCAAGUAAAUACGAGGUGGCGUGAACACAGCAUUAGUUCCUCACGUUCACUCUAUGUUGGUCAGCCGAUGUUUGCUAGUGUUUUGCAGCACACUGUUACUGUCUACCCUUUUGUUUAAAUAAACCAUGUUGAUAUUUGUAGCCCAUCUUCAUCUUGUGACAAAAUCUUUUGUAAUAUUAUAAAUGUCCUUACUGUACUGAUCCCAAACAAAGAGUAAUUAAAGCGUAAGUAAGGAAUAAUUGACAACAGGCCGUUGAAUUAUUAGAAAAUAAUGCACACCUGAGAUGGUAAUGCGGCCAUGACGCAAAGCGAAGUGUGCAUUAUUUUCUAAAAAUUAAACAGUCCGGAGUCAAUUAUUCCUCUUGUGCUACGGUUACCACACCUCAAGACACUGUUCCAAUGUUGUAUUUCAAGACAUUUGUCAGGUUUUUGUCCUUAAAACACUCUUAAGUGUGGGACAAAUUUCUUACACAUUUUAUCCCAAGCCUCCGUUGCUAAUUCCAAAACGUCAUUUCAGAAUUAUUAACGGAGGCUUGAGCCAAUGAUACCAGACUUAAUACAGUUGAGAGAGAGAGAGAGAGAGAGAGAGAGAGAGAGAGAAUAAGCAUAUGUGAAUUAGCCCACCUGAGUCUGUGCGUCUCUCACGGUAGCAGCAUCUCUACUAUAACUAUAAAUUUAUCUACCUCAAGAACUGCAUAGUUGUUAGAAAUGUUAUGUAGCUUUUAAGUUGCUAAAAUAUUUUACUGAUUAAUUCAUCACAGCAGCGUGGACAACACGUUUCUUUGCAAGUGUAACUGGUCUGUUUUCUGCGUUGUGUUAUGAAGAACAGUUUCGCUGAUCUUUUACUUAUCUGAUAUAAAACAAAUAAACAGCCUCUUAGUGUGA